AUGGAGCUGAGAAGAGUCGCCGUCACCGUUCUCUUUCUGCUGGUGGCGUUUGGAUCGACCAGUAGCAAAGUCGCGGAGGAGAACCCGGAGUUCUGGAGAUCACAGGCCCGGAGGACUCUGCAGUCAGCGUUGGACAGGAAGCUGAACACCAAUGUGGCCAAGAACAUCCUGUUCUUCCUUGGAGAUGGUAUGGGUAUCACAACCUUAACGGCGGCCCGUAUCCUCAAGGGACAGCUGGAGAACCAGACAGGAGAGGAGACGGUGAUGACCAUGGACACCUUCCCCAAUGUGGGACUGGCAAAGACCUACAGUGUGGACUUCCAGAUUGCAGACAGUGCAGCCACGGCCACGGCGUAUCUGUGUGGAGUGAAAACCAACCUGAACACCAUCGGAGUCAAUGCAGCGGCUCGCAACGGAGCCUGCAAGACGCAGAAGGGCAACGAGGUCACGUCCAUCCUGAAGUGGGCCAAAGAUGCAGGCAAGUCUGUCGGCAUUGUAACGACCACACGGGUGCAGCACGCCACCCCGGCAACCAGCUACGCCCACAGCGCCAGCAGGAAGUGGUACAGUGACGCCGACAUGCCCGAAGGAGCCAAGAGGGACGGCUGCACCGACAUCGCCUCACAGCUCGUCAAAAACACUGACAUAGAUGUGAUCAUCGGCGGUGGUAGAAAGUACAUGACCCCUAGAGGCACUAAGGACCCAGAGUACCCCAGGGAUUAUUCCUCAAGGGGCAAAAGAAAAGACGGACGCAACCUCAUCAAUGAGUGGCAGAACAUGAAAAUUGGAAAGGUUGCCCACUACGUGUGGAAUAAAACAGAUUUCAAUGCUGUCGACCCUGAAACCACAGACUACCUCAUGGCUCUGUUUGAACCUGGUGAUCUGCGCUUCGAGGCGGAUAGGGACCCAAACAUGGACCCGUCCAUCGUAGAGACCACAGAAAAGGCCAUCCGCAUCCUCCAGAAGAACCCGAAAGGCUUCUUCCUGCUAGUGGAGGGCGGGCGUAUUGACCAGGGUCACCACGCUGGCCGGGCCUCCAUGGCGCUCCACGAGACGGUCGCCUUCGACUACGCCAUCGCCAAGGGCCUCGAACUCACCAAAGAGCACGAAACCCUCACCAUAGUGAUGGCCGACCACUCCCACCCCUUCACUUUCAACGGAUACCCGUUUCGAGGGCAGAGCAUUCUGGGUAAAUCUCCGCUGUGGGCCAAAGACGUGCUGCCUUACACCACGCUGAUGUACGGAAACGGACCCGGACACAAAAUCACCAACGGCAAACGUCCAGACCUCCGCAACGUCAACACUAAGACCAAUGACUACGUCCAGCUGGCUGCCGUCCCCACAGAGUCGGCCACCCACAGCGGGGAGGACGUGGCGGUGCUCGCCCGCGGACCCAUGGCCCACCUCUUCCAGGGCGUCAAUGAGCAGAACUACAUCGCCCACGCCAUGGCCUACGCCGCCUGCGUGGGCGCCGACCUCAGGCACUGCCAGGGUCAAACCGAGGACCCCGUGGUUCAGAGCACCGUCGCCAACGGAGCCGGGCCAGCCGGUGUCGAGGUCGCUCUGCUCAGUGCUCUGCUAGCACUCAGAUUACUGAUGUAA